GCUGCAACCAUGUUAAAUAUGAGACUCUGGUGAAGAUUAAGACUGAACAUGAGGAUCUGACGCCCACCAGAAGCUCCAGUAAUCAGCAAACGUCCUCUGGUACUGUCAGCAUUAACACGUCUCUCAGUCCCACACAGGAAGAAGGAAACGUCUGCUUACAGUGUGGGAAGAGCUUCAGUUGUUUCAGCUCCACUGUAGAACUGGGUGACGUCACAGUCGCUGUUCUGAGCUCCUCUAUUAAAUCCUGAUGGAAUAAAAGUUCGGGUUUGGUGAAGCUGCUCUGUUUUCACCUCUUCACUCAUCAUGGCUGAGAAACAGAAGAGACGUGAGAACCAACGUGCUUCUUUAAUGCAGAGAUUCUUUUGUUGGCCGGUUUGUCUGACCCGUCCUCGGACGUCUUCUCAGGACGACCUGAAUGAGGACAGCAGACAGAAAUACGAUGUGGACAGAGAGAACAGGAUCGUUAUGGAGGGAUUUCUGUUCAAGAGGGCCAGCAAUGUGUUUAAGACAUGGAACAGGCGCUGGUUUAUGAUUAAGGACAAUCAGCUCAUUUACAAGAGCAAGUCUAAGCGUGAGGCGACUGUGCUGAUAGAAGAUGUGAGAUUGUGUAGGAUUGAACACUCUGAGAACAUCAGACACAGCUUUCACUUCCAGCUGGUUUCACCCACUAAGAGGUGUUUUUUGAAAGCUGAUUCAGAGGAGAUUGGACAGGCUUGGAUGAAAGUAAUACAGAACAUCAUUACCAAGCCUGAUGAUGCUGACAGAUCAGACAGCUUGGAGACACUAGACAGGAAGUCGUCAUCAUCGUCUGCAGUUAGUUCAGAAUCAGAUCAGCACCAAAAAGCAUCUGGAUCUUCAGCCUCUGUAGCUGAGAUCGGCCUUGGUGAAGUGAUCUUUGAAUGUGCUGCUGAGUUGAAUGACUCUGAUGCCUCUGUUGAGAGCGGUGGUAAGUAUAGUACAUACAGCUUUUCAGGGGUUUGUUCUGUAGGUGCAGAAGAAGAAAUCCUGAGCGAUGAAGAAAGCCCAGAGGAUCCAACCACCAGCGUUCAUUUCUUCAACAACCUGAACCAUGAAGAGAGUUUUGAUUGUUGCUACACUGUGGGAGAGCUGCUGGGAGAAGGAGGCUGUGGUGCGGUUUAUGCUGGUGUUUGUAAUGCAGAUGGGAAACAGGUUGCUGUGAAAUAUGUGCUGAAGGACCCCCGCGACAGAUUCAUCACUAUUCCUGGAGAGACGUACCCACUUCCUGCGGAGGUGGCGUUAAUGAAGAUGGUAUCCAAGCCACCUCACUGUAAUUCUGUGCUGAAACUACUGGAUUGGUUUGACACGCCCGAGCACUACAUCCUAAUCCUGGAGCGACCCAUCCCCUGUAUGGACCUCUUUGACUUCAUUCAGCAAUUCCCAAUGAAUGAAGCUGUGGCUCAGCUCAUCAUGUGGCAGGUGGUUCUGGCUGCAAUUCACUGCCAUGAUUGUGGAGUUUUUCACCGGGACAUCAAGCCAGAAAAUCUUCUGGUGAACACAGAGACACUGGAGGUCAAGCUGAUCGACUUUGGCUGUGGGGACUUACACAAGGAAACAGCGUACACCUCAUUUUCAGGCACUAAGUCAUACGCUCCACCUGAGUGGAUAGUUGAGAAGGAAAUGUAUGACUGCCCUGCUACUGUGUGGAGUCUGGGCGUACUCCUGCACACCAUAGUUUGUGGAGAGAUGCCGUUCGGGGAUGAAGUGGAGAUUGUUGAUGGGGGCCUGGACUUUUUACCUGAACUUUCUGAUACAUGCUACCAUCUGAUAAGUAGGUGUCUGGAGAAACAGCCUGAAAAACGUCUCAGCCUUAAAGAAAUCCUUCAGCAUGAGUGGUUUACAGAGAACAGUAUGAGGUUAGGGCAUCUGCGUGGAUGAAGAUUAUAGAAAGAAGACUGUGUGUGUGUGUGAAAGACCUUAAAUAAAAAUAAAGGUUCUUGUGUAAAUAACA